AUGAUCCGCUCGCGUAUGAAUCAAACUGUGAAUAGGAAGCAAGAUGUUGCGAAGAAUGCCGAUUACGCUAAACCAUCAUUGCGAACAUUUGGAACAACAUUGAUGAAAGAAAAUGCCGCCGAGCCAACACUGAUCUCAAAACAAUCGGCCGGAGAAGUAGUUAAGGAAAUUCCGCGAGCCGUCACCGACAAAGAAGUCAAAUGCCUCGAGUAUUUCAAGGACAUUUGCGCAUAUUUAUUGCAUCACGAGCAAAAAUUCAAGCUCACCGAGGAUUAUCUAGUCGGUGGCGAGCCAACGAACAAGAUGCGCCGAAUGCUUGUCGAUUGGCUCGUGCAGGUCCAUUUGCGAUUCCGGCUCGUUCCUGAGACACUUCAUCUCACCGUGUUCAUUCUCGAUCAAAUGCUCGCUCACAAAAUUGUAGGCAAGGAGAAUCUGCAACUACUUGGAGUCUCCGCCAUGUUCAUCGCCGCCAAGUUCGAGGAGGUCUUCACGCCGGAUAUUUCCGAUUACGAGUUCAUUACGGAAAACUCGGUUUCGAAGAAGCAAAUUCUUCAAAUGGAGCAAAUGAUUUUGAACACUUUGAACUUCGAUCUCUCAGCGCCGUACUCAUUGUCGUUCAAUCGCUUCAUUUCUCGUCUUAUAACUGAAAACGAGUCGCUCAAUGUCGAUCAAAGCAGCUAUUAUUUAGCGUACAAUAUGUCGAAAUACUUUGCGGAACUGGCUCUGUUGGAUUCGAGUAUUGUCACUAUCACUCCGUCUAGAAUUGCAAUGGCAUCGACGGUUAUUUCUUUGAAGUUGUGUGGCUUCAGCAAGGAAAUUGAUGAACAAGUCACUCGCGAAAUAAUUAAGGGAUUCCAAACAACACACGAUGAACUGGAGUAUUGCGUGAAGCUAGUUUCAUCGAUAGCGCUGAAGCAAUUUUCGCAGACGAAAAUGGUUGCGGUUAAGCAAAAGUAUCAGUCGUCAAAGUUUGGGCAAGUUUCGAACAUGAUUAAAGCUGAAGAAAUUGAGAAGCUCAAGGAAUUGUCGGCAUGA